AUGAAAAUUUGUCAACGGAACCUUUUCGCUUUUAGAGAAUACCACCGAAUCCGCAAGGUGCUUCGAAUCUACAAGCGCUUUUUUCCAAUCUCAUGCAUCCAAGAGAUCUGGGACGAAUUUCGUGAUAGUAUCUACUACCUCGCCCGCUACGGACCACAUGAAGGCAUAUUCGAAAAGUUAAUUGCUUUCACUCCCAUCCGUCAGAGUACUUUUGACGAAAUCAAUGCCAAAACAGGUAUGGCGUGUGAUAGGUAUAGAGCAAAUGCUUGGUCACCUGCUAUGCUAAAGCUCACAUUCCUUGGCUGUUGCCCACUAGGGUACGCCGUGUCUGGCUCGGUGAUAUCUUCCUUUUAUGGUACAGAUAUUGUGAAGAAGGCUCCCUACAUCAGCGCAGGAAAUCGAAACGUCCUGGUAGUGGUCGCCUCUUUUGUGUACGUGCCUAAUUUGUGCUAA